UGACUUGCCAUACCAAAUGCUCUUUUCCUCAAAAGAUCAUUCAUUUUACAGUGAUAUGGCACUCUUGUUCCUCUCCCUGCUUCUAACAAUUAUUUUCGUCUCACUCUUAUCGGUUUUCUUCCACUCCUUCACCUUCAAAUACAAGCGUGUGAAUGGUGCUCACCUUCCCCCGGGAAGUUUAGGAUGGCCUUUCAUCGGUGAAAGUCUUGAGUUUCUCUCAAUGGGUCGGAAAGGUUCACCGGAGAAAUUCAUCACCGAUAGGAUAAACGACUACUCCACUGAUAUCUUCAAGACUUCAUUACUAGGUGAAUAUAUGAUAGCCUUCUGUGGUGCUUCUGGGAAUAAGUUUCUCUUCUCCAACGUGAACAAGCUUGUAACUCCCUGGUGGCCACGCUCUGUUGAGAAGAUAUUCCCCACUUCUCUCCAAACCUCAACUAUUGAGGAAUCCAAGAAGAUGCGUAAGCUGUUACCAGGUUUCUUAAAGCCGGAGGCACUGCAGCAGUAUCUUGUAAUUAUGGAUUUGAUUGCUAGGAGACAUAUGGAAACUAGUUGGGCUUAUAAGGAAGAGGUCAUAGUGUUUCCUCUUGUUAAGAGUUACACCUUCUCAUUGGCCUGUAAAUUGUUCAUGAACAUUGAAGACCCUGAUCAUCUAGCGAAGUUUGCUAACUCUUUUAAUGUCUUGGCGGCCGGGAUCAUAUCGAUACCUAUAAAUCUCCCGGGGACACCAUUUUACCGUGGGAUCAAAGCCGCAGAUAUGGUAAGAGAGGAGCUGUUAAAGAUAAUUAAGAAGAGAAAGAAUGAUUUGUUGGAGAGGAAGGUGUCACCAACACAAGAUAUAUUGUCACACAUGCUUACAAUGACCAACGAGAGUGGGCAGUUCAUGAAAGAGAGAGAUAUUGCAGAUAAAAUUCUUGGGUUGUUAAUUGGUGGCCAUGACACUGCAAGUUCUGCCAUAACCAUCAUCAUGAAGUAUCUAGCAGAGCUACCCAGAAUCUAUGAUAAGGUUUUGAAAGAGCAAAGAGAGAUUGCUGCAUCAAAAGAAGCUGGAGAAUUGCUAAACUGGGAAGAUAUUCAAAAGAUGAGGUACUCAUGGAAUGUAGCAUGUGAAGUAAUGAGACUUGCCCCACCCCUUCAAGGAGCUUUUAGAGAGGCGUUAACAGACUUCACCUAUGCUGGCUUCUCCAUUCCAAAGGGAUGGAAGAUAUAUUGGAGUGCAAGUUCAACACACAAGAACCCCAACUAUUUUCCACAUCCUGAACAGUUUGAUCCUGCUAGGUUUGAAGGAACUGGGCCUGCUCCUUAUACAUAUGUUCCUUUUGGAGGAGGACCUCGCAUGUGCCCCGGAAAAGAGUACGCUCGAUUGGAGAUACUUGUUUUUAUGUACCAUGUGGUUAAUAGGUUCAAAUGGGAGAAAAUUAUCCCUGAUGAGAAGAUAAUUUUUGACCCAUUUCCAAAGCCAGCAAAAGGACUUCCCGUUUUCCUUAAACCUAGUAUCAAGCUAUAGAUGUGGAUGCACCAUCCCAUUACCACGGCACCGAUAGUGCAUACUUCAACACCUGCCGAACAAGAUUCAAUAGUAGACAUAUUAAGUCCAUAAGUGUAGAAAUUGUGUUAGAGUCUUCUGAGGAUAUGUGUAUAAAAGUUGUAAAAGAAACCUUUAUUGUAGUCAUAAUUUUAUAGCCAAAAGCUUCUCUGAGCUGCUAGCGGAGGGUAUGCUAGCACCUUUUAUCUCCAUCUAUCUACUACACACGUGAAAUGACCUCAUUGUCCUCCUGCAUAUAUAUGAAACUGCUCCAUCUCACCUCA